UGUCAGAAACACAUUUCCGAAAACUCACUCGUAAAACGUUAAAUUAAAAGUUCAGAUAUCAACAAAUCAUUUCAAAAAGUUUUUGUUUUAGGCUGUGGUUUGUUUUUAUUGUCGUAUGUCCAUCCAGAAUUUAAACACUCGUGACCCCUUUGCUGAUGCAAUCAAGGGCAAUGAUGAUGACAUUCAAGACGGGCUUGUGCACAUAAGAAUCCAGCAGAGGAACGGCCGAAAGACACUAACUACUGUGCAGGGCCUCUCGGCGGAGUAUGACUUGAAGAAGAUAGUCCGCUCCUGCAAGAAGGAAUUCGCCUGCAAUGGUACUGUAAUUGAGCAUCCAGAAUAUGGUGAGGUUCUCCAGCUACAAGGCGACCAGCGUGAGAACAUCUGUCAAUGGUUGACGAAGGUGGGACUAGCUAAACCGGAUCAGCUCAAGGUUCACGGUUUCUAAGCUUGCUCCUGGCGGAUCCUGCGGACGAGAACCGAACAAAACAACAACAAAAAGGUGUGAUUUUUCAUGCCGCCAUUUCAUUCUUAAGCUCUAAUAACACCAACAACAAUUAACCAACCAACAAAAUACCCCGAAACUUGCAAAAGUUCUUUGUUCAAAUUAAUUAAACGAAAAAAAAAAAACUCAAUUGAUAGAACAUUUAAAUGCGAAGUCAGAAGCAAUAGACCUAUACUGAGAACAAUGUUAUAAAUAAAAUUAAAUGUUCAAUUUAAAUAAAAUAUUGUCUGAAGGUGCUACUGAUAUAGCAUAAUGGGACGAAAA